UUGAAUAACAACAUACAGCUAAAGCAGAGUCCCUCAUGAGUAUAUAAUCAAAGUUAACUGUUUGGCUUUUGACAGCAGCCAUCAUGGGAAAGAUCAUUUUCUAUGAGGACAGAAAUUUUGGAGGCCAUCACUAUGAGUGCAUGAACGACUGCGCCGACCUCCACUCAAUGUUUGACCACUGCCGCUCCAUACGCGUGGAAAGCGGCAUGUUCAUGAUCUACAACCAGCCCGGGUUCACAGGGAACCAGUUCUUCAUGAGAACGGGAGAGUAUUCUGAUUACAUGGGAAUGACUGGAAUGAACGACUGUGUACGGUCAUGUCGCAUGAUUCCUUCGCACAGAGGCAACUUCAUGAUGCAACUGUAUGAGCACUUCGACAUGGAAGGUGAUAUGAUGGAGCUCACGGAAGACUGCUCAAACCUUACAGGUCGCUUCCACAUCACCAACUUCAACUCAUGUAACGUCCUUGAUGGCCACUGGCUGGCCUACGAGCAGCCCAACUACAGGGGGCGCCACUACUACUUAAGGCCUGGUCAGUACAGGAGCUUUACUGAAUGGAAUGGAAUGAACUCCAGGAUUGGCUCCAUUAGACGACUCAUUGAUCAGUAAGGACAGGACAGGGCUCUUCACGAAAUGCCAAUGCAUUGACCUGUUUCACGCGCUUAAUAAAAAGACAUCAGUGCACAAGUGGGUUUAGCUUUGUUCAUUUAAAGGCUGUCUUC